UAAAAAUAGAGCGCGGCACCGAAAGGCGCCACCGCCGCCUGCUCCUUCCAUGGAGACGUCCAAGGACUCGUUCUUCAUCGUUCGGUCUGGAACGACAAAGAAGAAGAAGAAUGCGUUGCUUGUCCAGGUCCCAUCGUCCCCGUCGUCGGCGGAGAAGGACACGGAUGCAGCGAAUUCGUCGUGUCGUGACGGGCUUUCGCCCAGCAACAUGCCGUCGGAAGGCAGAAGCAGCUCGAUGUACCCAUCCUCGUCGUCCAGUCGAAGUACCACUGCAUUUGGAGGAUUGCCCUCGUCGUCCAACAACAAGACUCCUGACUCCUACGUACUGACCACAAUGAAUCGAUGCGGGUCGACUCCACAACUCCCCCUCCAAAGCGCGCCAAAUUCCCUGGCCUUCAGCUCGACCAAGAAGCGCAACAUGACCAAACCGAUGUUGUCUUCUUCCAAAGGAAGCGCUCAGCUGGCGCCAUUAUCCCGGACUGAUGAAUCUGCGCCGUCCAUUUGCAGCCCAUGUUCCGCGUCCUCCACUACACCAUUCCACGCGACGUCGUAUCUCCCCAUGCCGCUGGAAAAAGUAAAAGCCGACUACGAACGGGUCGUGUCGUCGUACCGGGCGAAACAAAUGGAGAUGGAGCGAUCCAUGCUCGACUUGACCAAACAAGUCCACAAGGAGCGCGUCGCCAACGACGUGUUGACGGCAGAAACCCACUCGCUCAAGGCGCUUGUGACGCAACUGAACCAGCAACUCGACGACGAGCGAAAGAUGUCGAUGCAGCAGAAAAAGGCCUUUGCGAAGCUGUCGGCGCGCUUCCUCGCUGUCAACGAAACAUUAAACAAAAUGAUGACAGUGUCGACAACGCCAGAUACCACCCCCACCAACGCGGCAAACGUCAAGUCCGUACUCAACACCAUAUCCAAGGAAAACCAAGACUACCAACGCCGCAUUAAGGUGCUGGAGACUCAACACAUGGAGGACAAACGAAGUCUCGUCAAUUCUGAAAAGAAGCUCAAGGCGAUCAAAAUGGAGCUCGAGUCGAUCGAGCACAUGCAAAUGACGCAGCAAUCGACCAACGACGCACACGUUCAUGCAGGGCUGUCCAGAGCACAUGGGGUCGACGGAGCGACGAGUACCGCCACGACGGUCCAAGGCAAAAAUGCGUCGCAAGCACCGGUCCUUGCUGGCUUGGCGCCUUCUGCCGCAAGUAGUACACCCACGACCGUCAACGACAGCGACGACCCGCAUGCCAACAUCCGCUCCAUCUUGGAGCAGUACAUCGACCCGAACAUUCUACGCAUCCUGCACAAAGUCGAUUCACAGUUUAGCAUUUCCAACGCGAUCCACUUGUCGUCAACGAUGAAGCGGUGGCUGCACAGUUGCCACAGCAUCAACACAUCCGUCGACAUUGGCGUCGUCCUCCAAGACUUGAUGAAGAAAGUUUGCACCGUCCUGCAGUGCGACCACGCCGCGGUCUACGUCCAAGUGUCGAAUCCGAGAAAACUCGUCUGCCGAUGUACGAAUUUGGGCGAGUCGCAUGUUGAAGUGCCGGUCGACAAAGGGAUCGCGAGCCAUGUCCUGGCGUCGGGCACCCCCUGCAACAUUGCCAACGCAUACGACGACCCGAGGUUCUACAGCCCGCAGGACAACUUGACGGGCAUCACGACCCGAGACGUGAUCUGCGUCCCGAUAUUUGACCACAACCACGACCGACCCGUGGCAGCAUUGCGGGCAUGCAAUUCCGUGCAUGGACGAGGGUUUUCAGCCCACGAUUUGAUUGUACUGGGCCUAUUUGGCAUUCAGGCAGGGAUCGUUCUCGAGCAAUUCAAGUUGGAGGUCCUUCUCGAAGCGUCCCACACAAAACUUCUUCGCUUGCACGAGAUGCCUCGGCGCCUGGCCCAAGAGUCCAUGCCGCAUCUCGACAACGUCAGCUUGAUUCGGUUUGUUCUGGCCACGGAGCGCCACUUCCACCAAAUCCUUGGCGUCACCAAGUUCAAAAUGUUCCUCAUCGAGAACCCCACCGACGACGACACAAGAGCACGCAUGUGGUGCCUUGGCAAGACGCUCGAUUCAACCUGCGACACGAAAUUUUGUCGGCAAUACUACAAGCUGUCGUCGGGGCUGUGUGGCUUGGCGAUUUUCCAUCCCCAUGGACUCACAAUCCCCGACCCGCUGACCCAUGCCAAAUACAACUGUGCGAUCGACCUCCCCAACCCCGCGCAUGGUCUGUACAUCGUCCCGAUCUUGUCGCUGUGGGGCAAGCCCCUCGGAGUGCUUCAAGUCGGCCGCACCGUCGUCACGACGACAUUCAAGGGCCCCAAGGUCGAAAUGCUCGAGACACAAGCGGCCAACGAUGCACUCAAAUUGCACCUCAUUUCUCUCUUUGCGCACUCGAUUGCCGGCAUCUUACACGACGUCAUGGCCCACGAAAUGUUCGCCAAGUGCCCGGACGAGAUCAAGCUGGCGCGCAUGGGAUCGCUCGAACAAAGUUUGGCCGACGAGUCCAAGUCGCAUCGGCGACCGUCCGAAAUGACCGCGAUCAGCGAAGACCAGGUGAAGCAGUUUAUGACGUGGGCACAAAAAUCCCCCACCACACCACCACACCAAACGGCACGAACGUCCGCGCAACCAUCCCCGUCGGCGCCAGGACCUCAUGGGGACGCACCACUGGCACCCAUGGAACAGUCUAGCGCACAGAUACAAGGGGAGUCGUCGCCAUCGAAUACGCCAAGGACCGCCCGCCGCGCGGCGUCGACUUUAACAGACAACUCGGUUGCAGCAACGCCGCCGCAUCCAACCAAGUCGUUGCCAUCGCCUUCGUUGGGCACAUCAGAUGAUGAUGGGGAAGGUGUGGAGCUCGGCCACACGUCGACCUCGCUGACCGUCUCGGCGGAGUCUAUCCACUGCGAAAUGCCCGGGGCGGCGUCCAUGCCACAGCAACAACCUGAAGAAGAACACGUCCCGCAAGCGACAUCACGUGGCACCGCAGAGUACGAGAGCUCGGGGAUGGUCGACUCGCGCCGCCGUCGCAUGUCGUUGACUGCCUCGACUUGUCCCGUGGAGAGCACCACGAGCGACGCACCACCACCGACAGACGAGCACAGCGUGACAUGGGACAUCACGGCGGGCCCAGCGCUUCCAGAUCCAUCCGAAGGCAAGCAGGAUGACAGCACCGAUCCACCACCGCUGAUGGCAUGCGACCCCCACGAGGUGACAUCGAACCCCUCGAUGGUUCCAAGCGACGAAGGCGUGAGAGAAGUCACGGCAGGAGACUUCUAUGUCGUCGACAGCAAUCCAUCUCCUGUCGCUGCGCACGUCGUGGUCGAUGGUGGCGCGGACCAGAGCUACGAAGCCCUCCCGCCACCCGUCGACGACUGGACGUCUCAAGACAUGCCAUCGGUCGACGCAUCAACGUGGCGCCACUCGACCGAUCGCGCAGAUGGGUACGACUCGACUCUGAUCGACGGAGCCACCGACGAUGAACCCUGUCAAGGCGCCGACGGAGGUCCAGCCGAGGCUGGCGAUGCAGUGUAUGUGGACGAUCCGUCGCUACCUCGUGGGUGGAUGGCCAUUGCGCAUGGCGAUCACGUGUACUACGAAAACCUCGACACGGGCGAGCAAACAUGGCUCAAGCCGACGACGUCGGCGCCAUGAUGUCGUCGUGGCUGGAGUGCUCUGCGUCGUACGAGCAUGGACUGGUAAUGGAGGCUGCAACGAACCAAAAGUCGUUUGUACGUCGUCGACAUGUACGCGACUCCCGCACUGUGAGACGGCGUCCCGUCGACCUAGUACCCACGUGACGAUGGCACAAACGGAAUUACACGCAAAGUUACAAGCUACGACAGACGCGACAAUCGGGGGAUGGUGCGACCCACCCGUCGUCCAUUACAGCAUGGUGACGUUGCAAUCUACCGGGAACAACGUCGUCGUCGUGGUGGUGGCUGGGGCGUGGUGGACUGUGGUCAAAUGCACGGGGCUGUUCAGGUCGUCCUCUGACGACGUUGCGACGAUCGUGCUGGACGAGUGGUUCGACCCGUUCUCAUCAUCGACGGCGCCGUCGUCGCGAUGUUUGGGGGACACGUCCGGGCGCAGCAGUUGGAUGUCAAAGUCGGGGUCGCCACCGGCCAUCGCGUGUCGAUCGCUGUCCGACGACGACGACGCGCUCAGUCGUGUCAGGUGGUUGUAGUCAAAGUCUUGAAAGAGAUCGUUGCCGGCCGUCGACCCGCGCACGGACGUCGGUGUGUCGCACGCAAUUUCGUUGGCAUGCAUGUACGUGUCAAACACGUCGACGGUCGCGUACUCUUUGGCGUACGACUUCAUGAGGGUGGCCUGGUCCGGGCUAAACGUGGCCUGGCGCGCUUCGACUUGGGCCCAGUCGAUCGAGGCAAACCACGGAUGGCGCUUGAUCUCGUCGACGCCGUCGGGACCGCACCCGAGGCGGUGUUCCGGCUUCUUUUGGAGCAAGCCCUGCACAAACGCUUUCGAGUGUUUCGAAAACCGGUCCGAGAAUGGCACGUCAAACGUUAGGAUCUUGUCCUUGAUGAGCUGGUUCGUCUUGGCGUUGAACGGCGUCCGGCCAUCAAUCAUUUCAAACACCAUCACGCCGAGCGCCCACCAGUCAAUCGCGCGCUACUUCGACAUGAGCCACCAAACACACUCGCGACGACUCACCGUGUACGGUUUGUUGGUUAAGAUAUCGGGCGCCAUCAUCUGGUACGUCCCAACAAACGUGGACGUGCGGUCUGUCGCCUUGAUGUUUUCCUUGGACAUGCCAAAGUCGGUCAACGCAAUGUGGCCUUCCGAGUCGCACAGGACGUUCUCGAGCUUGAGGUCGCGGUAAAUGAUGUCGUUCGCGUGCAAGUGGCCGAGGGCGAGCGCGACCUCGGCCGCGUACAACCGGGCGCGGUCUUCCGUGAAGUUGCGGACGAGGCGCAUUUGGUCGAGGAGGUUGCCGCCCGGGUAAUAGUUGGAGAGCAAGUACAGCUUGGCGUCGUUCUGGAACGCGUAGCAGAGGGUCGCAAUGAACGGGUGCUUGAUGCGGUCGAGGAUGCGGCGCUCCGCGUUGGUGGCUUCGACCAGACCACGCGCCACAACCAAGCGCUUCUUGAUCGAUUUCAUCGCGUAAAACGAGCCUUCGUCCGCGCCGUGCUUUUUCCGCACGAGCUUGACGCGGCCACACGCGCCGCGCCCGAUGAAUUUGACGAUUUCAAAAUCGGACAAACACAAAUCGUCAAUCUUGUCGGGUUGGAUAAAGAUCGAGCACCGGUCAAUCAAGUCCAUGUCGUUCGUGAACGCCUUGGUCGUUGUCGGGACCUUGAUGCCGCCCUUCUUGCGCGGAUCGAUGAGGCACGGUAGGACUUGGCACAGCUUGCACACGCCCCACAGGUUGAACGUCGGGACGUUCUUGUCUUCGCAGCACAUGGCGCAGUACUUGACUUCACACCACGCACACUGGUUCUUGCGCGUGAGGAGGCCCAUCUUUCGAUGGCAGAGCCCACACCCGCCGGUCUUGCUCUUGUCCAGCGACGUCAGCUUGGUUGUGCCGCUCGCUUGACCGACGCGCGCGGCAAACACACCAAACACCGACGUCAUGACGGCACGGAGCGCCCACCCGCCGGAGCUUCCCUGUACACUGGACGGAAUCGCGCCGGCCGAGAUGCAAAUGCACCCGUGGCGCUUUUCCGUCGACACAAUCUUUUGCCCGGGCGGGACAUCGAUCGACAAGAGCCACGCGACAGCGCGGCGACUGAGCAUGCGGCGCGCAAAGUACGUGUCCUUGUCGCUUACGUAAUGACUCGGUUCGAUAAAGCACAGCGCGCGCAGCCGGUCCUGCAUUCCGCCAUGGCCAUUGUCGUGGUUCAACAGCUGCAUCACGUUCUGGCACCCGCGCGAGUACGCAAUCACAAACAGCUCCGACUCGUACGGCUUGACAAAGUGGUCCCACACGGUGCCGACGUGGACCUUGGAGUGGCACGCCUGCGCGGCGGGGUUCAUGAUCAGGACGCCAUACCCUUCCAUAAUCGCCUUGCGGAGGUAGUUGAGCAUGUUGCCGGCGUCUUCGUCCGCGGACGCGCUGUUCAUGCAGAUGCUUCGACUCCAGAUGCCGGCCUCGCGGUACGGCACGAUCACAAUGAGUCGGGAGGCCACGUCAUAGUCGGCCGUGUGGAAGAUGGUGGCGGUCUUGCACUGGCACGGGUGGUCGGCAAAUUUGGCUUCAUCGCCGUCGAACGGCACGUUGGCUUCAAUCAUGCCGAGUUCCGAGAUCAUCUCGCGAUGGAUACGGCGAACAAUAUCUUGCAUUUUGGCCGAGUCGAUGCUGCUGUCGCCCGAGUAUGACUUUGGGGGCGGCGCGUAGUCGAGCUUGAGGCCGCCCAUGGGCAUUUCCUGGAACAAAAAAAUAUCCGAGUCUUUCCACGAGCCAGUCGACGACGAGUGGCUUGUCGAGCCGCUGCGAAGUGGGAGCGAGUCGGGGGGCGGUGGCAAGUCGCCUUGUUCCGACGGCGGGUGGGGGUUGUGGGACGUCGUGCUGCCGCGCAUGCUGGACGUGCUGACAUGGCUCUUGCGGUUAGUGAACGACCCCCGCGUCUCGCUCAUGCGCUUCAUGUGGUACAGGUCCGUGUUGCUCAGCAUAUUCGCCCGAGGGCCUCCAGCAUUGUGCAUGGCAACGACGAGUUGUCGGGACGGUCAACGGCCAGCACGAAGGAUGGUUUGGUAGUGUCGCGAUAGAGGCA